CUCGCCCUCGCGCGCAUUACGUAUGAGAGAUCCCUGAGCCGCGCGCUCCCGCCCCCGCGCGCUCGCGCUAUAAAGCGCACCCGUGCCGGUUCUGUUCCUCAGUCGCUGCGGCCCGAGCUCGAGUUCCAGAGCUGACCAGAAGCAGAGAUAGCAGGCUUUCCUCGCUCAGGCUAACUCGCUCACGGCUUUGGUUCGGGAUGGAAACUCGUGGUGCCGCGCGGCGUCAACGCAACUCUCACGCGCUCAGCUUCAAGAGCGGUCUGUCUCUAUGGCUGGUCCUAUGGCUGUUGGCAUGUCACUGUGCCCCAGGGAAAGCAUGUCCAAGGCUGUGUGUGUGCUACCACAUGCCCAUGACCGUCAGCUGCCAGUCUCAGAACUUCACCACGGUCCCGGUUGGCGUACCCUAUGAUUCCCAGCGUGUCUUCUUGCAGAACAACCGCAUCACUGAGCUCAGGGCUGACUCCUUUGGCUUUGAGACCCAGGUCCUUUGGCUGUAUUCAAACAACAUCUCUUGGAUUGAGGCAGGCGCCUUCAGUAACCUGCGUGUGCUAGAAGAGCUGGAUCUCGGGGACAACCCGUCCUUACGGCAAUUGGAUGGUGGGGCGUUCCGUGGCCUCGAGAGGCUACAGAGCCUGCACAUGCACCGGUGUGGCCUGACCGAGCUGCCUGCAGAUGUGUUCCGCAAGCUUUACAGCUUACAGUUCCUCUACCUGCAGGAGAACCAGCUGAACCACCUGCCCGAUGGUGUGUUCUCUGACCUGGUCAACCUCACGCACCUGUUUCUGCACGGCAACCGUCUUCGCAUUGUCUCCGAGAACGCCUUCCGUGGCCUGGUCAACCUCGACCGGCUGCUCCUGCAUGAAAACCGCAUCCGACAGGUGCACCGCCGUGCCUUCCGUGACCUGGGCCGCCUGACCAUCCUCUACCUGUUCAGCAACGCGCUGCGUGAAUUGCCUGGUCAGACGCUCAAGGACACGGCGGGCUUGCAGUUCCUGCGCCUCAACGACAACCCCUGGGCGUGCGGCUGCGAGGCACGCUCGCUCUGGCAGUGGUUCCGUGACGCACGUGUCUCCAGCUCCGAGCUGGUCUGCACCUCGCCUCCAGCACGCCAAGGCCAGGACCUGCGCUUCCUGCGUGAGCUCGACUUUGCCACAUGCCCACUGCCUGAUCCCGGCUCUCUGACUGGCACCACCACCACCACCUUCAGCACCAAGACACGCUGGUGGUUCUCCAAGAACAAACCUGCCGCCUCAGCCAAGGGUGCUUACCAGAAGACCGCCGAGCUGCCCAAAGCCUUCCCGUUCUCCUCGGUGAAGAACGCCCAUUCCGCAGCAGUAGCUGCUGCUGCCAAGUACGAGCUGACGCCGGAGGAGGCUGCCUUGCCGAAACUUGAGCCCGAAGAGUACUGGGCCAACUACGGCAACGAAGAUGCAACCUCAGUCCGUUGCUUCGAGCUCGACUGCGACGACUCACAGAUCCUCCCUUCGUCUUCUUCUGCCUCGCCGUCGUUUCUCUAUCUCCUCUCUCUCUCUCUUCUGGCUCUCUCGCUUCACUUGCUGUUUGGCUGAGCAGAGUGUACUAAUCUCUUCUCUUUUCUUCUUUUGCCUUUUUUCUGUAUCUGGCCCCUGAUGACUUGAUGGGGUCUGAUACUGACAGGCACACAACAGCAGCCACGAAGACCUCAGGAUAGGCAAAAAUGGCACACACACACACACACACACACACGCACACACACGCACACACACAUAGAUGCUCACAUACAUAAGUGUGAACGCAGAUAAACACUUAGAGAAACCUUCGGUGCUGCGUAGUGUCAUUUAUGAGGCAGAGUUAGGAGUGUUGCCUGGACUGCAACUCUCAGGAGACCUUGCAGCACUACUCUGGGUACUCUACUUCUGCAGUCAGUGGCACAGACCGAGAGAUAGAGCUAGACAGAAAGUAAAGGGUAGUAAAUGAUGGGUGACGAGGGGUCAAACAAAAAAAAAUAAAUAAAUAAACAACUGCAGUCUUUUCACAGAUGCGCUCGAAAACCUUCACCGGAGAACAUAUGAAUAACCGACGCAGCUGUAAAUACGCACUCAUCACACCGAGCCACUCAUGAACAACCGGGUCAGGAACCACUAGUCUGUAGGUUGUGCACACAGUUUUCCUUUCUUCUCGUCUGCAUCCUUGAUUUCAUAAUCCGUAACGUGAAACGGAAAGAUCAUGGUUUCUCUGUGAGGGUUUCGGAGUGGUAGUGUCUGUCCUGCGGUGACGUGUGCAUGUAAACCGCAUUAGUAAUCUGUGUGUGUGAGGUUAGCUCUGGCCUUUCACUGUGUUUUUGUUGUUGUUGUUGUUGUUUUUGUUUGUUUCAGAGAUUGAUUAAAGUUACAAGGAGACAUUUCACUGUACACACAACUGUGCAUCAUGUCAUCACGUUGCUGUAAAUGUGAAAUAUAUAUUAUAUAUAUAUAAAUAUAUAUCCUAAUAAACAUUUUUUUUGU